AGUGCCAUCUUGGUUUUUUUGCAUUCCACUGUUUUUUUACUUCCCACUUGGCCUUUGUCUUGUAGCAGUUCGUUUUUCAAUUGGAAUUAAUGCUUUUCUUCUUGCUGUGAUAUUUACAAAAUUACCAGUACUGCGUCGGUUCCUUUUAAGAAUAAUGUGCACUGUUUUAGGAUUCAUAGUGUUUGUAGAAGAUGCAAACAAUUAUUCAAGUAAAGUAAAAAUUGUUGUGUCUAACCAUGUCACAAAAUUUGACCAUUUAGCUGUGAGUCUUAUCAUUUCUACCAUUGUGCCUAGUGUUUGGGAGCUCCCACUGUAUUUGACCUGGGCUUUGGGCUAUGCAGAUUUUGGUGCUUCUCAAGGCAGGCAAGUGCUGCUUCAUAAUGUGAGAGAAUUCAUGAAAGAUUCAAGCACUCCAUUGCUCAUUUUUCCUGAAGGCACUACAACAAAUGGGAAAAAGGGACUAUUAAAAUUUAAUUUGUGGCCCUUUUUAUUAAGUGAAGCUGUGCAGCCGAUUAGAAUAAAAGUGGCUAGGCCAAAACUCAUGCAAGUUGCAUUUUCAGUUGUAGGAAGCAGAUGGUGGUCAGAUUUAUUUUGGUUUCUCUUUGUUCCUUACACAGUUUUCAGAAUCAGGUUUUUACCAGUUGCUGAGAAAGAAGAUACUGAAUCAGCUGAAAUGUUCUGCAACAAGGUACAAAAACAGAUAUGCAAAGAACUUGGACUAGAGGUAACAACAUUCACAUCAGCAGAUAAAGUCGAAUAUACCAAGUACAUACUUAAAGAGGAUGGCAAGCAUUAAUUCAGAAAUAAAAUGUAGAACAACAAUUUUGUUCUCUAGGACCAUACAGUCUGUGAUAUUACAAGAAUAUGUCAUCAAAUAUGGCCAAUAUAUAUUUACUGAACUAAGUCUUUACUCCCCCCCUUUUUUUUUUUUUUUUUUUGUAAAUUAUACAUUUCAGAAAAACUUAAGUUCUGUUUAAAGAACAAUGUUAUUUUAAUGUUCAUAUGCAAAAAAUGUUUUGUAUGUAUGUUUGUAUAUUCUUCACACUGUCGAAAAACUACACCACCUAAAGCCAUCAUAUUUUGAACUUUGAUUUUAUUUAUUUCAUAUUUUGUGCGAAUAAGGAACUUUUGAUUUAAAAACUAAAGCAUUUUAAAACUUUGUGUUGCCACUGAGCAAAAUGUAAUAUAUCUGUUUUUUUUUUUUUUUUAAAUUUAAUUGUGUUGUAGAAAAUGGCAGCAACUAGGACCCCUAAAUUUUGAACACACAUAAUCCUCUACCCGAACAUGUGCACCUUGAAGCCCUAAUUUUUUUUUAAAUUUCAUAUUUUGUUCAACAUGGAAUAUGAAAUGAAAUGUUUCAUUAAAAACUGCAAUGUAAAAGCCUUUAUAUUGCCGCUCAACAAAACAUAUUUAUGUUUCAAAUUUAUUAAGAAUUUGGUGAUAAUAAAAGAUGUGUAUUCCUACUUA